AUCACAGGGUCGAGUGUUUCACUGGGUGUGGUUUAGAGGAGAGACUGCGCGCGUUUUAUCAUUCCGCUCACCUGAGCCUUUGCCAAAGCUGGAGGCGGGAGCGUAUAUAUACUGUAUAUAUAAGCCAAGACAUGAUAGUGAGUGAGAAUCCUUCAGAUUCCAGGAGCAUCUCUCCACUGCCUGCGGGUUAUUUCACAUCACCAUGUAUAUAAACGCACCCGAAUCGUGCAAUUUCAUGUUUUUAUUUUGCUUUUUAAUAAGGAGUGGUCUGACUUUGAAGAAUGAUGCUACGGAGAUUUUCUACACCCAUGUGGUCAGUCCCGUUGAGGAUACUACUCAGAGCAACGCGUCUCUGAACCGCGCGCGCACCGGUGGAAGAGGCUUCACUGCGCACGAGAGAGAACGAGUCCCAGUCGGCUGCAGAGAGCUGCGGUCCACAAAGUACAUCUCAGACGGCCAGUGCACCAGCAUAAACCCUGUUAAAGAACUGGUGUGCACAGGACAGUGUCUUCCUGCUCAGAUGCUGCCCAAUUGGAUCGGCGGAUACGGUAGGAAGUUCUGGAACCGCCGAAACAAUCAGGACUGGCGCUGCGUGAACGACAAAACCCGGACCCAACGGAUUCAGCUCCAGUGCCAGGAUGGCAGCACCAGGACCUACAAGAUCACAGUGGUGACCUCCUGCAAAUGCAAAAGAUACACACGGCAGCACAACGAAUCUGGAGUCAAGUCUGAGGGAUACGCUCAUACACAGAUAAAAAAGCAAAAAACCAAAGGGGGCACUGGGAUGGAACGCUAAAUGAGUCUCUGCUCGGACUGAGCUACUAGAUUUUCUCAUUUAAAUGAACUUGGUAUGAACGAGAGAGCUUGUGACGUCAGCUCACAGGAGCAAUGAACUUUCUUUGUGCUGCCUUUGUGAGCAAGUGCAGGGCUCUGAGUUCACUGUGAAACUUUGGAAGCAAGAGAAAAAGACUAAAUCUCAUCAUCAACAUAAUCACAAUUAACAUGCAGCCCAUGUGACCCUGAUGUGUCGAAAGAGAUUGGCAAUGACAACUGCAUAUUGCAUUACAAAAAUGAUUAGAAACACGCCUGUGAUUCUAAUAGUUUUUGUCAUCACUGCCUGAUAUGUGUGGUAAUCACUUGCUGUAGUAUAUACUUUAAGCAACAAUAGGAGCAGUUCUCAAACCUGGGAAAUGCAUAGCUACAUGUGAAUUAAAUGUCUGUAAAUAUACAUAUGCAUUUGUUUGUGUAAUUAAUUGUUUUGCAGGACCUUUAUGUGUUAAAAAAUGUAAUGUGACGUAUAAGCUGAUGUAAUAUAUUUUGCCUUGACUUUGAAACAUUUUAGUUUGUGCAAGCAUUAUUCAGACAAUAUAUUGCACUAUAGUGACAAUGCUCAUAUUGGCUAUUAUGGUGUAAAAGCAUUAAAAUGAAAACAUCUGAAAA